AUCUCCAGUGUGAGGGCUUUCUUCUCCACGGGCUGAACCUGGACAACUCUCCGUCACCAUCCAUCUAUUAUGUCACAGAAUCUUGAACCUCAGCUUUCCCAAGGCUCCCUUGCUCCUGCCGUGGAGAUCGCUGGGCCGGCAACACCAAGCCAUCGCCCUAGUCUCUCGGCGUCUCCAGAGCUGAGUGUCCGGGCGGAAAGCCACGGCUCAUACCUCGAAACGAACAAAUUCAACUCGCCGCCCUUGUUGACCUCAUCCGACAUGACUCCCCCGCCAUCCUCACAAGUUCCUGGGGCUCCCCCCAGGCGGUCAAGGUCCCAAUCGAGCUCAUACCUAGCAUCUCCACCGGAUAUCGAAAAGACUCUUUGUGUGGCAUAUGGUGCCUCCGAAAACCUCCCGAGCGCUGACGAUAUCGAUACCGCCGACGAAGCAAAACUCCGAACGAUAGCCAAAGAGCUCUUGGGGGUAGCCCAGGAAGCCCGUAUGUCAGCAUUGCAUUUUAAGCUGCAGAAUAGCCUGCUGUCGUUCACAAGUAAUGAAGCCAUCAAGCGCGCGGAGGUCGAACAUCAGCUAGCCCGGAGGGAGGUGGAAAUCCUUCAGAGCUCCGAGUACCGCAGUCGCCAUGUGGAGACGAAGCCAUUGGAGCAGCCAUCCAAUGCCGAGUUGGAAUUGGCUCUCAAACGUAAUCAAGAUCUCGAAAGAGCCAAUGUCACUCUUGACCGCAGACUGCGUCGAGCCAAGCGACUGAUCGAACAGGAGGGGGAGAAAACCGACCAGCUCGGGGAAGAGAACCGUCUUCUGAAAAAGCGUAUCAGGGACAACCGAGAGCAUUUUUCCUUGAUGAUUGAGCAGGGCUCGAUGUCACCCAACUCCCAUAGCGAGGCCCAAACCCCGCACAGGCGACCUGCGUCUCACUUUGUCGACACUGCCAGUCACCAUUUGACAAGGAGUGAGAACAACGACCCCUUUGCUGCCCUUCUUGCGGCAGGCCGAGUUCUCAACAGAGAGUCUGCAAGCGUCGCCUCCACUCCGGGCCACCAUCACACCGAGAGACAUCAUGGAGGUGGCCAUGUGCGUGGGACUCACUCCCUGUCAUCUCUGCCCAUGACACCGUCCCGCACUCGGGCGAGCCAGCGGGAAAGCCAGUAUCAUACCCCAGGCCUGGAUUCGCACGAUGAGCAGCGUGACAGGGACAGCACGAUAUCGGCGUCUGAUAUCGAAGAGGCUGAGACCGAAGAGGAUACCCCCGGGCAGACCGGCUCAAGGGUGGCUAGCGUAAUCCGCCAUAAUCCUCCACAAACUCACCGAGGGAUCCCGAGCGCUGUGGCCGCUCCAAGAUCCAGCACACUGCUUCAGACGAAACUGUUCGGGCAGGUGACCAAGGCCGGGGUCGAACGUCCCAUGAUCGGUCUCAAACGCAAAGCGAGUUUUGACGGUGCGACGUCGAAGAAAUCAAAAGCGGAUUCGAGAGUGGGUCUCGGUAUUGACACAUGGAAUCAGAACGGCCGAGCAUAAACCACAUAUCUUAUGCUCUCAUUCUUGUUUUCUUUGGGGAUCGUUAGUAGGCCUGGCGUCUACUACCGACUAUCUUUGUUUUCUGGGUAUUAGGACUGCUUGUUACGAAAUUGAUGAAUGACGACAUGUAAAGCUGCACUGGUAUUUUGACUUUCUAUAGUGUGUUAUCAUUUUUACUUGAUCUGCUUUUAGCGGAUGAAUCCAG